CAUUUCUUACACACAAGACUAGGGUUCAAUAAACGAGAAUUUUGGAGUGUCUUUUCUUCAAUCUUCAUAUAUAGUUAGCUCGGCACUCGUUUUUCUUCCUUCUUCCAUUUCUGUUUCUCUUUCUCUCUCGCUCAGCUACUAUCCAAUCAGUUCCAUGGCGCCGCCACCUGGACCUUAUUCUGGCACAAGCACCUUAGCUUUGGUCGCUCGAGCUUCCGCUUUCUCGUUCGGCCUUGUUUAUGGAAGCAUUAAGCUCAAAUACCUCAAGGCAAAAGUGAAAUCCCAACAGAGAGCUGAAGCAAAGGCUCAAGCUAAGGCUCAGGCUCAUCACUGAAAGGAAUGAGAGCCUUGGGGCCCUUUGUUCCAUGGCUUGAGUAGGAUGCGGAAAUAAUUAAUUACAAGAAACUGUACCAUGUUUUCUCUCAAUUUUUUUAAAAAAAGCUUUCUGGUUUUAGGUUUUGAUAUUGAUACAGCAUUCGAGUUAAGUGAACUAUGAAAAGAAAUUUCAAUUAUCGUGGUUUUACCAUGUUUUAAUAA